AAAAUAAAAUCAAAAAAAGAGAAGCACAUUUUACACAGGAGGUACGAGCAACGCGAACUAACACGACAACAUGAUGAAUGUCGACGAGGAGGAGGAGCGCGUGUGCCUGAGAACCAGCGAGGAACGCAGCAUGGAUGACGACAACAAGCUGGUCUCGGACGAGGUGCAUCUGCGCCAGCUGAGUCCGACGCCACAAACGCUGCAGCAGCGGCGACAGAGCCCAAGCGUGACACAUUCGGCGCCCGCUGAGCUCACGCAGCGCAGCUUGGAGCAGCUGGAGGAGCAGUCUGAGGAGCGCGUGGUGCUGCGACGGGCGGCAGAAAAGGGACCCAUAGCCUUGGCACAAAUCGAUGACCUAAAAUUGGAGGGAGACGAUGACGCUGAUGGUGGUGUGGGUGGUGGUGGUGGCGAUGAUGAAGCUGAUGGCUUGGGUCUUAGCAAUCCCGCAGCGCAAACCACAAAUGAUGAGCAGAUUACGGUCACAAAAACAACAGCAACAGCAACAGCAGCGAAGGCAGCAACAACAGCAGCAACAGCAACGGCAACGACAACAGCAACAGGAACACCAACGGUCACACUGGCCCUAGCGCCAAUAACCUUGCCGGAUAUGUCGAAAAUUCCUCGCCUGCCCGGCGACGGCGCCCAAAUGGAGGAAAAUGCCAGUACCAGCGAUCUGCCAGCCUCGCUGCGUGCCUCAACCACAUCGAUUCUGUCGAACGUCCGCAAAAAGCAGCUCACGGGCAAGCAGACGCCGCUGCGUGUCCAAUCCGUGCGCAUUGUGGAGGCCAAACGCAUGCACGGCCCCAAACGCCGGACCGAAAGUUGCAGCAUAUUUGGCAACAGUAAUUUUGAUCACGAGCUGGAGUGUGGCCAGAGUGGCAAUAUGGCCAUCCAGCCCCAACGUCCGCUUACUAACGAAACCUAUUCGGCCUUCAAGAGCGGCAAUGUCGUCAAAGGCAUACUCUGUCCCUCACUGACAAAUUCCUUUAAACAGAGCUCGCUGGAGCGCAGCUAUCUUACCUACACGCAUCGACAGCGACAAAAGUCCUUAAUUAUCGUGAAUGUUGUGGACUUUGUGCUGAAAGUGGUCCUAGCGCUAAUCUGGAUGCUGCUACUGGCCGAGUUCGACACAACACCGGCCGAUAAUAUAUAUGUCCUGGCGACGGCCAUCACUUGGUCCGUUUGUUGCGGUAUCGCGAACAUGGCGAUUUGCUUUCUGGGCUAUUGGCGUUGCUUUGCCAACAACUAUUUGCAUUGGGCUGCCGUUUGCACAUGGAUACUCUUCAAUAUAGAAGGUUUUAUUGGCAAAGGCGUGGGAUUCGCUGAUCGCGAGGACUUGGUGUGGUACAUUCUGUUCGUUAUAUUCGUUCCUUAUGCCAUGUUGCCGUUGCCACUGAAGUGGUGCGUGGUCGGUGGCACCAUCACGGCCAGCUGCCACUUGGCCGUAAUUACAAUUUUUAAGGUGCAGCCUCACGAGGUAGGCGUGGAUGUGGAUUGUGAUUUAUUUCAAAUCUUUGCCAAUUUCAUUCUCUAUACGGCCAUCAAUGUGGCCGGCAUGUAUACCAAGUAUUUGACAGAUCGUGGACAGCGGUUGGCUUUCAUUGAGACGCACAAGGCAAUGGAGCAUAAGAAGGAGUCGGAAAAGGAGUUGCAGCGCACACAAAAGCUACUCGAUUCGAUUUUGCCCAACAUUGUGAAUAACCAAAUACGCAGCGAAAUGUACAAAGGCACGGAUCCGACGGUGGAGACGCAAUUCAAUAAAUUGUAUGUUUAUCCCAUGGAUAAUGUGAGCAUACUAUUUGCGGAUAUUAAGGGCUUUACCGAAUUGGCCAGCAAAACGUCCGCUCAGCAAUUGGUGAAAAUUCUAAACGACCUUUUCGCACGCUUCGAUCGCAUUGCCGAGGACAAUCACUGCCUGCGCGUAAAGUUGCUCGGCGAUUGCUACUACUGUGUGUCUCAAUUCGAGAGCGACAACUGGAAGACGCGACCGGAUCAUGCGGUGUGCAGUGUGGAAACUGGACUGCACAUGAUAAAGGCCAUUAAGGAUGUGCGCUUGCAUACGCACGUGGACCUCAACAUGCGUAUUGGCAUACACAGUGGCUCGGUAAUGUGCGGCGUUUUGGGCAACAAGAAAUGGCAUUUUGAUGUCUGGUCUAACGAUGUUAUCAUUGCAAAUCACAUGGAAUCUGGCGGCAUUCCCGGACGAGUUCACAUCUCGGAGGCCACACUGAAGUGCUUGAACGAUGCGUACGAAGUGGAACCGGGCAAUGGCGGCAGUCGGGACAAUCAUCUCAAAAUGCUGAACGUCAAAACAUACCUGAUCAAACGCACCGAGCCAUUGAGACCCAAAAGACGCUUUGGCACCCGCAGCAGUGCUCACUUGGCGAGCAGCAACAACAAUACCCCCAUUGUCGCAGCCCCGACGGCGGUGCCAAAAUCGAUUUCCGCCAGUGGCAGCAAUGGCAACGAUUGUGCUGCCAGCAUCAGCGUUGGAGGCACCAUCGACGGGGUCAGCAUUGACGAUAGCCUGGAGUAUGCAACUACUAUGUCCGUGCCACCUUCCACGCCGCAGACAGCGGCACAGCUGCUGCAACAGAAGAAGAACGUCUCCCUCAACUCGCUGCCCAAUGUGGUUGAGGGUGUGGUCAUGGAAAAUCGCCGGUUACGUAAUGGAGUAGCCGGCAAUGCGGGCACAAAUUCAGGAACUGGCGCUCCAGCGGGUCUCUCCACCGUCUCCUCACCAACGGCCAUGAUGACGGCACCACUGGAGCAACAGUUACGCCCACGAAACGGCGCCAGUGUACAAAACCUAACGGACACCAACGCAUUGGAGCCGAAAGGUUCGAUCAUUGAGGACGAGUCCACCACAGAUUGGAUACCCGAAAUCCCGUUUAGAAACCUAAAUAGUCCUGAGGAGGGCCUUAAUCGAACCGAUUCCAUACUGGUGGAUGCCAAGCAAGAUCAUCGCGUCUCUGUUACGGGCCUAGAUGAGGAGAUUGACGAGUUCAUUGAACAGAAUAUACAAAUCAAUUCGAACAAGGAGAUACGUCGGGAAUAUCUAAAUGCAUGGACGUUAAAAUUCAAGGACAGAUGUCAGGAACAGAAAUUCUGUCAGCUGCGUGAGGACAUGUUUCGCUCCAACAUGUUGUGCGUAUUUGUCAUUUGGAUAUUUAUGGUGCUCUGCCAGGUCAUUAUUAUACCACGAUGUACACGUCUCAUUAUUUGUCUGAGUGUCGGCACCUUGGUGCUGACCUUUUGCUGCGUCCUUGUCAUGGCGGAAGAGUUUCCAGGAUUGCCGCGUUGUUUGAAGAAAAACUCGGCCAAGUUGGUGCAUCAGCGUCAGCGUCGCACGCUCUUCAUUUGCAGCGUCAUCGUCUCCAUGUGCAUGCUGAGUGCCAUCGGAUUGGUGCUCUGUCCCUCAUCUACCUACAAUGGUAAUGCUGAGGAGCAGGCCGGCUUCACUAGUAUCGCUCGAUCUCAGCUUAUUGGCAAUGCGACGGCAGCGGAGAAGGACUUGAACGUUAAGGUCUUUCUCUCGGCCACCAUACACCACAACAUCACGAUUAAUACACCUAAUGGCGCCCCUCCUGAUUUCACCGACGCCCUGCUCAAUGAGAACUUCACGCAUGCGCCGACCGACGCCCUGGUCCGUCAAACGCUGGAAAAUGCUCUGAAUUUAACGCAGCGGUUGGAGCACUUCGAACAAUCCCAUCGGCCCUACACACUUACCAGCAAUGGCCACAGUGUUUCGCUAGAUAAUUCCAGUAUUACUUUGGAUUUCCUGCGACGACACGAUGCAGAGAAUGACUGCGUCCAUCCAGAAUAUAUUGUCUUCACUUGGGUGCUUUGUCUCGUCUCACUGGCCACGGCACUCAAGCUCUACUAUUUGGUCAAAGCUAUUAUGGCCCUGGGCAUGGUGGCUUUCUACACGGCUCUCAUUAUGUUCAAGUUCAAUGUGGAAAUGACCCCCAGCGAUUCGCAGCACCUGGGAAUGCCCCUCGCCAUCCAAAUGCUGGUAUUGCUCAUAUCAUUUCUGGUCAUGGUGUGCUAUCAUGCCCGCCUGGUGGAGGUCACCUCACGACUGGACUUUAUAUGGAAGGAACAGGCAGAACGAGAACUCACGAACAUGAAAUCAAAUCGCUCGCUCAAUGAUACUUUAAUUAAGAACGUCUUGCCGGACCAUGUGGCCGCCUAUUACCUAUCCGACGAACAUACGGAUGAGCUCUAUUCCAAAAUGCAUGAUCUAUGCGGUGUGAUGUUCGCCUCCAUACCCAAUUUCCAGGACUUCUAUUCAGAGGAUAUAGACAACGGCAAAGCAUGCAUUCGCAUACUAAACGAAAUAAUAUGUGACUUUGAUGAGUUACUGGAGGAGCCACGCUUUGCUUCGGUGGAGAAAAUCAAAACAGUGGGUGCCACUUAUAUGGCGGCCGCUGGUCUGAAUGUGGAACAGAUGCGAGCACGCGGGGAAACCUCGGAGGGCAGCGUUUGCGAUCUGGUUGAUUUCGCCUUCGCGAUGAAACAAAAGCUAGAGGAGAUCAAUGGAGAUGCAUUCAAUAAUUUUCAGUUACGCGUCGGCAUUUGCAGCGGACCCUUGGUGAGUGGCGUGAUUGGAGCGCGGAAGCCUGUCUAUGACAUUUGGGGCAAUACCGUGAAUGUGGCCUCCCGCAUGGACUCCACGGGCGAAAACUGGCGUGUGCAGGUGCCGGUCAAUACGGCCGAGCUGUUGCGCACGCGUGGCUACACGUGUGUGAAACGUGGAGAUAUCAAUGUGAAGGGCAAGGGUUUGAUGACCACUUUUUAUGUGCAUCCCAGAGGUAUUACGGAGAGUCAAUUAACUUCACCGGUACGCAUGCCCGCUGGCAUUCCGCUGGCACCCACACCAAAUCUACAAAGACAGACCUCGCAUCACGGAUCCUUCAGUGCUGUGGUCUUCGGCAUGCUGCAGGCCAGCAAGCGAAGCACAACCAUAGCAGGCACACCCACUGGCACCCCAUCGCCUCAAAUACGACGCGGACAUCGAGGCAGCACCUUCAGCUCCGUGCGGCUGUCGCAGAAAUCGACAACCGUAAAUCCGGUGCGACGGAAUACGACACGAGUGCGGGCUCGUUCCUACAGACAGAAGAAGAGUUCCUCCAACAAUUCGAUAGUGACGCAAACGAGUGCCAGCUAUAUGCCCUCAUUCCGGCGUAUCGAUCAGAUUGAGACGACUAUCUCGAAGAGCCACAACGAUGCAUUAUAGCCAACGCGCGCCAAUUGGGUCUAAACGGGAAGCUGGAGGCAAAAAUGCAGGGGUUGCAAGAACAAUUUUAGUAAUGCAGAAUUUAUUUUUGGAACGAUUUUAUGCUGAAAAGUACAGCUGUGCUUGCUUGCUUGGUCUCGGUUUGUAUGAUAGAUAAUUGAAAACGGCACUGAAGCUACUUAGUAGAUCUUUUUCUUUAUAAUAUUUGAACUAUAGUAGAGCCAAUUAUGCAUUA